GUGUGUUUGUGUUUGUGUAAGAGAAGGGGGGAAGCUGUCACGUCACAUCAUCACGCUUAUUAACCCCUCCACCCCCUCCCCAUUAUCUCCGGUGACGUAAGCCACACAAACUACUUAAACGACCCGCGGAGCAAGCGGCCACGGCAGUACAGCGGACAGUUUGAGCGCACUCCACAAGAGUUAAACGCGUCUUUGUUUGUUCCUCUAACAACAGUCUGGUGCUCCGCUUUCUCUCUCGGACAACAGAAGACAGAGAAAGAGGAGAGAAAGUACUGUGUGUCCGUGUUUGUGUGCCUGUGUGUAUGUGUGUUUGCUGCCCGCCGCGUGCCGCACAGGGAACCGCACGCAAACAUAUUGGGAUCACAGGCUCGCGCCACUCAGUUUCCCACUCCGCUGGUACCCCCGUGGAAGAGGAAAGCACCGAAAGGCUUAAAUAUCGUUUAAAAUAAUACAGAGUCCAUGGCUGCCUACGCACACAGCAGCUGCGUGUGGAUGCUGCUUCUGGGCACCUGUGUGUCGCUGGUGGUUGGAACGGACUGCGGGAAGGAAUGUGCACUGUGUGUGUACCGUCUGCUGGGACAGCAGUCUGGUUUCUCCUCCUUGACAUGCUCACUUGAGUGUGAUGGUGGGUUGGACAGUCAGAAGCUCCGCCUCUGCCGGGACAUCCUAUUGGAAGAGGAAAACCACAUUCCUCUCAAUGAGAACCCCCGUCAACAGCAAGAACAGGAAGCAGCAAGCACCAUUACGGCUGACAAUGAGGAUGCAACAUCACCAGAACACCAGCUGGCCAAGAAGUAUGGCGGCUUCAUGAAGCGUUAUGGUGGUUUCAUGUCUCGUCGUUCCUCCUCCCCAGAGGGGGCACUAGAGGAUGCUGGAAACCAAGACGAGGAAGAAAAUGUCCGCCUGGAGAUCCUAAAGAUCCUCAAUGCAGCGGCUGAGCACAGCAGUGAGGGGGGUGAGGCAGUGAAGAGGUACGGAGGCUUCAUGCGUCGGGCUGAAGGAGGGGUGGCCCAGGGUGACCUGCUGGAGGCUGUGUUAGGCCGUGGGCUGAAGAAACGCUACGGAGGGUUCAUGAGGCGCGUGGGCAGGCCUGAGUGGCUGGUGGACAGCAGCAAGAGUGGGGGGGUGUUGAAACGUGCAUGGGAGAACGGCAGCGAGCUACAGAAGAGGUACGGGGGGUUCAUGGACUAGGAUGCCACAGUUAUGACCUGUCACUCCCCCCCUCCCUACAACCCCCUCUCUUCAACCAAUCACCUUGUAGAAUGGACUGGUUGGUGUCUGAAUCAACUGCCCACCCACUCUGCUAAUUACAUUGCAUCAUCUGGCUUUGUAUAAACGUGCUGCUGCCUUCUUCAGUGGUUCAAUUGGUCCUGUAAUGAUAGAAAAGAUAAACAAAUAUUGUUCAGAUGUUCAAAAAUCAUUUUUUGGCUGACAUUUCUGGUCUGUUUUUGGUUUUCA